AUAGCUUGGGAUAAGCGCUCACCUCGUUUUAGCGUCGCGCGACGCGACAAUGCUUCCUAAUAGUCUUUGCAUCAUAUACAAAGGGGAUAUGGGUUAUUUGACCCUUACGAAGGGUUAAGUGACCUGGGUACUCGCUGCUGCUAGACGGGGGGCUGGCGUUGGCGCUUAUGUUGUUCAUGACUUUUCCCCGUUCAGUUAACUACACCACUCGCCAAGGUAACCGUGAUCUUACACUUCUGAAUUUCCAUUUUCUUUCGGGAUAUGGGGUUCCUUUCAAAGGGUUUAUUCAUUCGAGUAUGCAACUUCAAUGUGAGAAAUAUGAGUUCGUGGUGCAGCAAUCGGGACCUAUUUGAGUACACCUCAGGGCGGUUCUUAUUUAACGAGGAGCUUCGUCUCACCGAACGUCGCGUGCAAUUUGAUGUCGAUGCUCUCGCAACAGCCAUAUGCCGUGCCGUCAGCCGACCUGUGUCUGACCUUGCUUCAAUCGUGAAGCUCGCAGAAGGAGGCUUCAACCGUGUCCUUCAGGCCACAUUCAAUGACGACUAUGCAGUACUUGCCAGACUUCCUUACCACACAACGGUUCCGAAAUAUCGUGCGGUUUCUAGCGAAGCAGCUACACUUGAUUUACUGCGCUCGUGUGGCGUUCCGGUCCCUAAAGUCCUUGGAUACUCCCCAGACCAUACGAACCCCGUCGGUACUGAAUACCUUCUUUUGGAGAAACUUGAUGGCACGCCCUUGAGUGAUCAGUGGUUCACCAUGAAUAACAAGACCCGAGUCAAAAUAAUGAGGCAAAUCGUUGACGUGGAGAAACAAUUCAUGAGCAUCUUGCUGCCAGCGAGCGGGAGUUUGUACUAUCGCAGAGACCUUGGAGAGUCGGAAUUCGCUAUUGCAUUGUCUGAACAAUCUGCAUCUGAUCAGAUCGUUGUCGGUCCGACUGCACAGUUUGAAUGGUGGUACCGGGAACGAGCAUUAUUAGACGUUGACCGUGGUCCAUGGAAGACAUUUCUGGGAUGCUUCGAAGCUCCCGCAAAACGCGAGAUAGGAUUUUGUAAACGGUUCGGCAAAUCUCGCCUUCACGUUGAACGGUAUCUGCGCGAGUUGCACCAGUUCAAAGAGAUGUCACCAACUGUUCACAUCCAGUUACUCUCUGAUUACUUGAAAUUAGCGCCCUCUUUGGAGAUCUCGUCAAGCCAUCGCUUUUCUCGACCAGUCCUUCGCCAUCCAGAUUUUUCGCCGAAUAAUAUAUUGGUAAAUUCUUCUAGUGACAUAGUGGGAAUCAUUGACUGGCAGCAUGCCGUGGCUUUACCACUCUGCUUGUGUGCCGGCAUUCCAGAUCAUUUUCAAAAUUGGGGCGAUCUAUUGUCAGAAACACUGGCAAAGCCAGAAGUCAAAUUACCACAAAACUUUCAUAACCUAAGUCAAAAUGAACAAGAGGCGGUGCAAGAGACCAUGCGAAGGCGCCUUGUCCAUUUCUACUACGCUGCAUUGACCAUGACGCAGAUACCAGAUCACUUUGACGCUAUAAGGAACGAAAACGCGAUGCUUCGAGCCAAGCUUUUCAACCGCGCUGGGGCACCCUGGGAAGGGGACUCAUUGUCUCUCAAGUAUGCAAUGAUCCAGGUGUAUCAAAACUGGCCGAUGUAUCUUGACAAUGCGGCGCCCGCAGAAUCAAUUGACUGUCCAGUGGAGUAUUCUGAAGAAGAGAUACAACAAUGCAUAAAUGAACAUAGCCAGGAGCAGGAGAAGCUGCAAGAACUGAUCGAGAUGAGGAGCCACAUAGGUAUAGAUGCUCUCGGCUGGGUCCCUGAUGAUGAGCAACUGGAAAAGUCGAGAGCUGUCGCUCAAGCAAUCAAAGCGGGAUUGUUGGAGCACUCUGAUACUGAAACUGAGCGGGUGGCCUUGCAAACCCAUUUUCCUUUCGACGACCAUGUCGCGUAGUAGUGCAUCAUAAAAGGGACAUCGCUCCGAAAGGAUUCGACUCUAUAGCUCUCAUGAGAUCAGCUUCGGUGUAUUGUGG